AUGGGCGAGUUCUUGUCCAAUGACGAUAAGUCGUUGAAGUCUGAUCUCUCACUUGACCUAGCUGCCUUCCACAAGGGAGCGACCACUACGGCUACGAGACAGCUCAAUAGUCAGCUGAUUGAGCUGGGACUGAGGGAUACAAAGUGGUGGAAGUGUGGAGCCCGGGAAUACCGCCAGCGUCGAGCCCAGGGCGCAACACCUUUCCCUCGACCUAUGCUCUUGGGAGAAGCAGAGGAGAUCAGUAUUGAAUCGAAUCAUGGGCCAGCCAUAAAAUGUCGUCUGUUUCAACCUCCUGGCGCAAAACCGAUUGGAGUCUUUUAUCACAUCCACGGUGGUGGCUAUGUCCUCGGCUCUGCGGAUAGUCAAGAUCUUCUCCUGGCUGAGAUCUCUCGGUCCGCUCGGUUGGUUGUGGUCUCGGUCGAAUACCGCCUUGCACCAGAAAAUCCUUAUCCAGCUGCAUUGGAAGAUUGCUGCACCGUCGCCGACUGGCUUGAACAGCACGCACAAGAAAAGUGGGACUGUGACUUGAAUUUCAUCGGCGGCGAGUCUGCCGGUGCUACGCUUUCUGCUCUUGUUGUCCUUCAUCUGCAACAACGAGGACUGCUAUCUCGUAUCAGAGGGGUCGUUCUCAGCUACGGUAACUUUGAUCUUUCAGCUCUACCCUCUCUACGGGGGUUAGAGAGGUCAGAGACUCCAAUUUUGAACUACGAGGACGCCGAGCAAUUUCUCGACGCAUACCUGCCUGGUCGCACACCUGACCAGAGAAAAGCCGCCACCAUCUCACCGGCGUACAACAAGCUCAGCGACUUGGUUCCGGCGUUGUUUUUGGUCGGCACUGAGGAUGGCUUGGUAGAUGAUAGCAUCUUGAUGGCGUCACGGUGGCAGUUGGCAGGAAAUGAAGCUAUUCUGAAAUUCGUACCGGGUGCCUGCCAUGGUUUCAUGACAUUCAAUGGCCAUGUUGUCGAGAAAGAGGACGUUGUUGUUCCUAUAGGGGGCCUCCACGCGAAUUCGCAGAAUAAGCCAACGUCAUACGUGGCCAUCGACAAUCUUGCUGUAGUCUUAGCUCAUCAUAGGCUCAGUGGGGUUGACCCGCUUUUAGAACUAUCCGAGGCAAGCUCAACCCUUCAAAACUUCAAUCCCCUCGAGCAAGCCGAGGAGAGGAGAGAGGCUUUGAUUCAAAGACGGCAACGUAGGCUGGGAGCUUGGGACGACGCAAAAGAGACCGACAUGGCACCGUCUGGAGAACUGGUCGCCCUUGUGACCGGGGCGAACGGCGUCACCGGCGACUAUCUGAUCCGGCAGCUCGCCUCGGAGCCUCAGUGGACCAAAAUUAUCGCAACUUCACGCCGACGACCAUUCCGGCUCUCGAAGGACCCCAGGGUGGUAUUUGGCCAGGCGGACCUCAACUCCGACGUGGGCUCGAUCUCACAGGCACUCCGGGACAUGGGCGCCACCAAAGUGACACAUUUCUUCCACAUGGCAUACAUCCACCAUGACGCGUUCGAGAAGCAAUACGAAUACAAUGUGAAGUUUUUCAUCAACAUCCUGACCGCGGUCGAUGACAUCAACAAGGACACACUCCAGCGUGUCGUGCUCCAAAACGGGGCCAAAUAUUACGGCUUUCACUUCAAAGCACCGCCCAAGGAGCCCGUCACCGAAGACCUCGGCCGACUCGGGCUCGAGGGCCCGCCCAACUUUUACUACCCCCAAGAGGACUUUAUGUUUGAGCUGCAGAAACACAGGAAGUGGACCUGGUCGACGACGCGUCCAUUCUUGAUCAGUGGGUUCAGCUUUGGUAGCGGACAGUCAUUUACGUGCACGGCCGCCCUGUACUUUACCAUGCAAAAGUAUCUCGGCGAGCCGGCGGUAUUUUCCGUGCCAUCCGAGGGCGAAGGGUGCUACGAGAAGCGACAGGACUUCUCCUCGGCGGCGAACAUCGCUGCCUUCACAACUCGUCUUGCCCUCCAUCCAAACGCCCAAAACCAAUCGUACAACAUCGUCGACGCGGAUCCGAAGGGACUCACGUUCAGGGAGAUUUGGGAAAGUAUGGGUCAGUACUUUGGGGUUCCGGUGACGACCAGAGCCGGAUUCGACAUUGAGGCCGAUAUCGAAUCAAAGCUGAAGCGUGGUGUAUGGGAGGAAUUGGUGGCGAAGCACGGGGGGGACAAGGACGCUUGCGACAAGUUCGCGACGUGGUCCUUUUUCGGAUGGAUCAUGAGAUACGCUACCUGGGGCGCUUCGGUCAGUAUGGACAAAGCCGCACGGGAGCUUGGUUGGACAACCCGCUUUGACACGAGAAAAGACUUGUGCAAAAUAUUCGACACAAUGAAAUUGGAAGGUGUGAUCCCACAGCUCUAG